AUGUGGCCAAGAAACGCCGAACUAUAUUCAAGUUCUGUCAAGUCAAUGAAAAUAGAAGUCAACGCAGCGAAGAGAUUAGCUCAAUGCUCUGCUUUCGUGGGAAGCAGUGUGGAACCUAUCGAUAUCUCAAUUGGUAUAACCGAUGCGCAGGCCAUGAAAAUUGCAGGAAAUGUCGGAUUUAGUGGAAGUCUUGUGAAAGAUGCUGCCGAAGAGAUUAAACGUCUGUAUAAACUGUUCCUAGCCGUUGAUGCCACCCAGAUUGAAAUUAAUCCAUUUGUCGAAACUGAGGACGGCCGU